AUGGAGGAGCAACUUCGUGAACUUAUUCCCUUCCUCCGUGAUCGAAACCCGCAAGUCCGCCAAAUCGCUCUAUCCAACCUCCUUCCACAAACAGUCAAAGAUGCCCCUCAUCGAAGCAUCUUCCUCAGCGGACAGCAGGGUGGAUUGCAGGCAGGGAAGGACAAGAAUGUAAUCCGAGACCUCAAAAUCCUAUGUCGUGACCAACUGAGCGUCGCUCAUGAUGCAUUCCGUGCGCUGGUCAACCUUUCCGAGUCUGCUGCGCUGGCAGGCUCCAUAGGAGAUCCAAUGUUUCUCUACUUCGUCGUGUCGUAUAUCAUAAACCCACAGUCUGUACUGGCUGACCUGGCAUCUAUGCUGCUCUCAAAUCUCACAGCGACUCCAUUCGCCUGUCGCGAAAUCACAUCGCUCGAAAUCGAUAUCAUCCCCGACGCGACUUUGCCAAACGGUUUCUUUGCGGCUGAAUCACGAUGUGCUACGGCGCCAGCGCCAGAGCCAUAUCCUACCGGGCAAUCUCGGAGUGCUUUGGCCCUCCCUCUCCUUGUCCAGGCUUUCGUCCAGGGCGCUCAAAUUGAAGACGCUGAUGCAACAUCCUCACGAAUACGCAAGGGAAAUUUACACUUUCUGGCCAGCGUUUUUGCCAAUAUAACAACAUCCCCCGCCGGCCGCAGUUUCUUCCUGUCACCAUAUCCGCACCAACCGCUCGAGCAGCAACCCUUGGAAUAUCCGUUGGCUAAGCUUGUGCCUUUUACGGAACACAAAGAUACGAUUCGGCGGGGAGGCGUCGCGUCAACUCUCAAGAACUGUGCUUUCGAGGCUCCCGCGCAUAAAGUUAUGUUGAGCCCGGAUUCCGAAUCUGUUUCAACUGGCUCUUCUAAACCAACGGCCCCCGGUGUUGACGCUCUUCCGUACAUUCUCUUGCCCCUUGCCGGCCCUGAAGAGCUGGACCUCGAAGACCAGGAGAAGCUACCAGACGCGCUGCAGUUCCUACCACCGACAAAAGUGCGGGAGCCUGACCAAGCGAUCCGAUUACUUCAUAUCGAGACGCUUUUGUUGCUCUGUCACACGCGAUGGGGCAGGGACUACCAGCGUGAACAUGGUGUCUACGAAAUCGUACGGGCAACCCACGAAAAUGAGACAGUUGACAAGAUAUCAGAACACAUUGAACGCCUCGUCCAGCUUUUGAAAGGCGACGAACCGGCGGUUGAGGAACUGCCCGAGAGUGAAACGUCGGAACGCGAUGGCAAGUUGCCUGAGACUGAUGAAGACGAGGACAGUCGAAUUGAAGAAGUGUGA